UUCCAAGUAGAAGAAGGAAACAGAAGAGGAGGCUGGGGUGAGGUGAUAGGAGGACUCAAAUGGCCAAUACUAAAAAUGGAGGAAGGUUCUGAAAAUGGAGGAAGGGGGCCUUGAGCCAAGGAACAUGCUGGCCACUAGAAACAGGAAAUAGAAAGGAAAUUAAUUCUUCUCUAGAACCUCCAGAAAGGACCCAAGCCUGCCAAGAAUUUUGCAAAUUGAGCACCACGUUGGACCUGAGACUUCUAACCACAGACGUCUAGAAUCAUUUCUCCUGGGAUCUGUGCCCCAUCCCCCAGCUCCCCCGCUCCGCAAUGCCGCUGCAGUUCUUGCCGCGCUGGAGGGUCUCUACAGGCUGCUUGGAUCAUGUGCUGUGCGCUCAGACCCAGCGAUCCUGUGUACAGUGAGAAGCUUCUUUCUCUGCGUUCUACCUGCUAAGGACAAGUCAGGACCUCGGACCUUCCUGGAAGGCUUAGAGCAGUCGCUCCAACAGAGAGAUCCAGAAACCUGUUGGCCAGGGUGUAGGAGGGUCGAGGUGCUGGGCAAUCGGGUUUUACAGAGCACGUUUAUUCCAGAGAGCCAUGGACGCAGGACGUAAUCCUGCUCCUGUGUGCUGCACGCUUGCUGCCGGACUGUGAGCAUCACCUGGAUGCCCCGGUGCACCAGUGUCAUUUUGUGAGUGCCUGUGGUUAGGGAGCGCACCUGUUUGGAGUCAGUACUGAGUUUGUGAGUGUGUAAGAGUAGACAGAAGCCAGCACGGGAUUACACAUCCGCAGGACUCUUCAGCACCAUCAAGCUUGGCGGGCUUUCUAGCAGAGGACUGAAUUGCAGUAGAUGAGGGUGCAGGGCUACCAUCACAGGUCACUGGAACAUCUUGGUAAACCGCAGCGGGAAGCUGGGCAAAUGGUUGGGGAAGGAGGGUGAGCAUUAGAUGAUGAAUGGUGGGGGAGGAGGCGUGGGGCUAGAAGUCCGCUUGGAAGCCGGGAGGCGUCUAAGCCUUGCACUUCGCUGCUCAGGCUCAGCGGGGCAUCCAGCCCCUCCUUAACCAAUGUAGGACCACCCAGCAUGACUCCAGGUAGCUGCGGAGGGUGUUGAUUGGGAAAGUGUAUCGUGAUCCCACAGAAUCUCCUAUGAACUUCCUGGUAAGCUCUUCUAGAUCCCUAACUGGGUGGAGAACAGGUACACAGUUAGUAAUGAUAGCAUUGCUUCAAGACUGGAAUAUGAUUCCCAUUUCAGAGAUAAGUAUGUUGAGACUUUACUAGUUUCUAGCCUGCAAUCUUUUUACCUGGCAAAGUUACAGCUGGAACAGAGCUGAAAUCUGUCAAAGUUCCUGGACUUCCAGGGCUUUAUCUCCACAUGCCCUGCUCUCCUAUGCGCGCUUCCUGCUGCCUGAAUCCGACUCCUUGCUUGGGCACAGAAUCGUCGACUCUGCUGCGCAUUAACCCUGAAGCGCUCUUGGACAGGGGUCUAUGGUCAGAUCAAGGGGAUUCAGGGUUCCCUGUAAUGUUGGAUUCUACCCUACAGGACUAGGAAUGGAGUGGGAUGCAUGCCUGUUCAAAACCCUUGAAACCCAACAGAGUGCCAUCGCCCACCACCAAAGCUACUGCUGCUGCUCCUUCCUCUGCUCCCAGCCACCUGGUGCCGGCUAUCAGAGAGGUAUCAUGGGGUUCUCGAAGCUGCCCCUCUUCCUGGUCCUCAGCAUGCUGAUCAUCCACCAGGCAGGCAUGCUCCAGGCAGCACCAUUCAGGUCGGUCUGGAAAAAUGGCCUUGUACCAGCUACACUCACUGAGGAGGAAUCGUACUUCCUACUGGCCACAAUGGUGAAAUAUUAUGUGCAGAAGGCCAGUGAGCUGGAGUAUGAGACUGAGGACUUCGGCAUCAUUGCCCAGGAGAGAACCAGUAACGCUGCCACCGGCAUGACCCAUAAGAUGGCAGGCUUCCUGGGCAAAUCUGGGAGCAAGAUUAAGAGGAACAUCAUGUCCACCAACGUGGCUCCAAAGCCUUUGGCCGGCACCACAGGGAUCUUCAGAACCAAGUAGUGAAAUAACUCCAGGAAGAAGGUGACCAGCCCAGUACUUCAAAUGGCACAGCUGGUGACUGGGUAUUACAGACAUGCAUGCCACAUUCUAACCCUCUCUUGGCCCGUACCUUAAAAAAAUCCACAGCAGAGUUGCUGAGCCCAGUGUCUAGAUACAGAACAGAGAGUCUCAAUAUCUGAAAUCCCUCUAACUUGGAUUCAUUUGUUUUCCAGUGUCUCCCGGUGAUACUGAGAUCAUCUGCCGGGAAACAUAGAUCCUAUUCAUUUUAAAACACUGUUCCAGACUUCUCUGGUGGUCCAGUAGUUAAGACUGCACACUUCCACUACAGGGGGCAAAGGUUCGGGCCCUGGUUGGGGAACUAAGAUCCCACAUGCUUAAGAUCCCUCACUGCAACAUGCCACACCAUGGUGCAGAAAAAGCAAGCAUACAAACAAAAACUGCUCCUUGCAGUUAUAAUUGUGAUUAUUCUAGUUUUUGAGUUUGAAAGGCAAAGACCCGACCCUUUGAGAAUAUUCCCUACAAUGUCAUCUGGAUUCAGAGAUAGACUUGGGUUCAAAUAUUGUGUCCUCUACUAUGUCACCAUGGGCCAAACCCUCUAUAAGCCUGUUUCCCCAUUUAACUUGAAGGUAACAAUACUAGCUACCUGUUAGCAGCUGAACUCUACUUCUUGUCAUUUGCAAUGAAAGAAACUUGCAGAAAAAAUAGCAUGGAAGACCUGCAUGUAUGCAUGCUUGUUGAUGUUGAAAAUGUUCUUUUCCUUGAAGUAAACUGAAGCUAAAUGCAAAAUAAAAUCAUUUGCAGUUA